AUGUCCGAUUCUGAGCAACUCUCAGCUGGACUUGACCAGGAUAUCAGUGACAUUAAGCCAGCUGAAGCAUUUGUAAUUCCUUCUCAGGCUUCAAAAACUAUUUGGGACGUAAAUGCCAAUAAUAUUUUGCAAAUAUCAUCUCAAAUUAUUAGUCUUAUUAAAAAUAACAAAAUAUCUAUCCAAAUGGUACUUCAUUUAAUAGACGUUUUUUCAAUUUUACGAGUAAAAAAUAUUCAAUAUUAUGCAGAACUUUAUCAAAAGAUAUCAACCGAAUUUUCAUACAACAAAUGUCCAAAAAAUGACGAAUUGUCCAAGAUGUUAUAUUGCAAAGGUUUCAUUGCUGGUGAUUUUAACCCUUGCUUUUAUCAAGCAACAGAAGAAGAAAUCCUCAAUAUAUAUGAUACAGAAUCUCCAUUAUACUACAUUGCAUGGGAUAAAGUUGAUGAAUUAAAGAUUAAAUUCCCAAAUCUUGAUAUUAAUAAGAAAAUAGAUUAUGAAAUCACACCACUUGAUUGCGCAAUUAAAUACGGAUCAGAUUUAUGUUUCAAUUACUUAAAAAAUAUGGGAGCUAUGUAUACAGAAAAAUCAUCAAAAUAUGCUGUUAUGGGUGUAAAUAUCAAUAUUUUUUCACAAAUGAUAGAAGAUGGUCAAUCAUUUGAUAAAUUGAUUAAUAAGGCAUUGAGAUAUAAAAAUUAUAAAAUUGCUCAGUAUCUCAAAUCUAAUUUUGGACAGCAUCCCAACUCAAUAGCAAAGAGCAUGUAUUUUGGAAAUUAUGAUAUUGCAUACUAUUUACUUUCGAAUGGCGCAAAUAUCAACGAUGUUUAUGAUUUUUUUCUUUUCUUGUUUAUUAUAGUUAUAUUGGAUUCUAUUUCUUUUUAUAUCUAUCAUUGUUUGAUGAGAUUCUAA